UGGGAAAAAUUUACAUAAAUUAAUAGCGGUAAUUACGCCGCAUAACGCAACCCUGCGAGAUAAAAAGGGGUUUAGAGUAGAUGCACAGUGACCCCAGAUUUGGGAAUUGAAAAGUUUGAAGCUAUGGCCUUUGAGUUUCAAGAGCAGCCUGCGGUCCUGGUCUGCAUUCGGGGUCCAAAGUUGAAAGCUUUUAGGGUGAGUUAGUUUGUUCUCUCUUUGAGUAGCUUAAUUUGUUUCAUUUCCAAAAUGUUUAAUCUUUCUAGGAAAAACAAUAGCAUCUUACAUAGGCUUUCAUACAUUGUUGUGAACAACUCCUCCUCAAACUCACUCCUAUUUCUCAAAGUUAGAUGCAUCUCAAACACUUGUUCCGACCUAUCUCAAUCUUUUGCAUACUCUUACCUUAUAGACAAAUUUGGGUUCUCCCAACAAUCUGCUUUGGCAGCUUCCAAGUAUCUCCGUUUUAAAACCCCAGAUCAACCUGAUUCUGUCAUUGCAUUUUUGGAGAAACAUGGGUUUUCAAGAACCCAAAUCCAACAAAUGAUCAGGUCACGGCCGAACCUGCUGUCUUCUAAUGUUGAGAAAACCCUUUUGCCCAAACUCGAGUUUUUCCGAUCUAGAGGUGUUUCAAGCCCUGACCUUAUCAAAUUCUUAUUUGGCAACCCCACUAUUUUAACUCGUAGCUUAGAGAAUCAGGUUAUCCCUUGUUUCAAUCACCUUAGCAGUCUGCUCCAAUCUGAUGACAAGGCUGUUAAAGCUAUAAAACGCUAUCCGCGUCUUGUCACAUGUAAUUUUGAUGCUUAUAUGUUACCUAAUAUCAAUAUUCUGUUGGAUAAUGGAGUGCCUGAAUCAUAUAUCAGAACAAUGUUUUUUCACCAUCCUAGAUACUUUGUCAUGAUCCCGGAUCGGUUUAAGGAGAUUGUGAAGGAAGUGAAGGAAAUGGGGUUCGAUCCUUUGCUGAUGAAAUUUCUCCGUGCUGUAAUUAUGUUUAGAAAAAUGAGCAAACCUACACUGGAGAGGAAAUUUGAUGUUUACAAGAAGUGGGGUUGGUCUGAACAAGAGAUUUGGGAAGCGAUUCGAAAGAAUCCACAAUGUGUGGAUUUUUCGGAGGAAACAAUUAUGGCUAGAAUGGAUUUUCUUGUGAACAGAAUGGGUUUUAAGCCUUUGCACAUUGCCAAUCAACCAAGUGUUAUAUGUCGGAGCUUAGAGAAACGGAUUGUUCCAAGGGGAUUGUAUGCUCGAGAGUUGUUGUCAAAAGGUUUAAUGAAGAAGUUUACAUUGUCUGGAUUGUUUGACAUUUCAGAGAAGACAUUCUUUGAGAGGCUUAUUAACCGAUAUGAAGACAUUGCACCUCAGCUACUAAAGCUGUACAAAGAAAAAGUAAAGCUUGCCAUAGGAGGCAAAUAUUGAACAGAUUGUAUUGAUAGCAGGUAGUUAAGCAGCUCCAAGAAUGCUGCUGCGGCGAAUGACAAAUCUCUUGGUUCAUUAGGUUGUAUUGAUUCCAAGUAGUUUAGCAGCUCCAAGAAUGGUGCCGUGGCAAAGAAAACCUUGCAAGGUUUUGACAUGAUCACAUGAAGAAAUGGUGCUGCUGUUGUAAAUUAAAACAAAUGGAAAGACAAUAAUCCAAUCCAGGUUUUCCUGUUGCCAAACUCAUGGCCCUUUUGUAGUGCUAGGAUCAAUCAUAUUCAAUGUAAAAUUAUCCUUUCUCCUUGUUAUGAUAAUAACUCAUUGUUCACAAAAAUAUGAGCAAAACUUAUGACUUUUUAAAUGAUUAGCUCCAUUGUUUAUAUUAA